AUGACUCUGGUGGGCGCCGAUUACCGUUCAAUUCUUAAUGCUACCUACACUGCCAUGACCGCCACAACAACCACCGCUAUCGAGAAAAUUCAACUUGCAACCCAGCUACGCGCGCAAUGUUACGAAGCCUUGAAGCAAUCAGGACGCUUUGAGGAGUUCGUGGACCGCCUUAACUACUGCAACGCACAGAACUAUCUACAUCUGUCCGCACUAGACACAGCCAACAUCAUCGCGCUGGUAUCAAAAGCUGGCAUCGUCAGAGGACUGCAACUAUGGCAGAACGGAGCUAUGCCUUCUAUCGGACCUGGUCGCGGCCGAGGCCGAGGCAGAGGCCGAGGCCGUGGUUCUUUCAGAGGUCGUGGCGGAAACUAG